AUGGAAACUAGCAGUGUUACUCCAACAAAGCAGACUCAUGUGGCUAUUCUCACGAGUCCUGGCAUGGGCCACAUUAUUCCAAGCCUAGAACUAGGUAAGUCUCUCGUCUCUCAGCAUAACCUCAAAGUCACUCUUUUCAUCCCCACAACUUCAAAAUCACCAGAGUCACCAACCCUUCAAAAUAAUCAAGAUGGUCUCAAUGUCAUCAAUCUUCCACCAGUUGAUAUAACACAUCUAGUCGCUGGCGAGACCUCUCUGGUAGUUGGGAUCACGACCAUUGUCCGUGAAUCCCUCGCGUCUCUUCGUUCGAUAAUUGAAACAUCACAACAAAUUCCCACUGUUCUCAUCAUUGAUUUGUUUUCUACGGAUGCUUUAGAUAUUGCUGAUGAAUUUAAAAUGUCCAAGUAUAUGUUUUGUACAUCUAACAUGAGUGCAUACGCAUUCUUAGCUUAUUUGCCAAAGAUCAAGCGGGUCAAGAACAGUAACGAUUUGGUGAGUCGGCUCACUGAGUUAGUUCAUGUGCCGGGUUGUAAACCAAUCCGAGUUGGGCUAUUAGCCGACCCAAACACUGGUAGUUAUGGUUGUAUGUUGCGACAUGCAACUAGGUUCAAAGAGUUGUCUGGGGUGUUGCUGAACACAUUUGAAGAUCUCGAACAAGAAACAUACCGAGCUCUGAUCGAUGAUGAGAUUGCCGAACUAAUACCUACUCCAAGUGUAUAUCCAGUCGGACCCAUAAUAAAGCCAACAGUAGGUCCAUCCCAAAAUCAGGCCAUUCAUUGUUUGUCAUGGCUUGAUAAUCAACCAAAUGGUUCAGUGCUGUUUGUAUCAUUUGGAAGUGGUGGGAGUCUAUCUUCUGAACAGGUUACCGAGUUAGCAUUUGGGUUAGAAUUGAGUCAAAAGCGAUUCAUAUGGGUUGUGCGUAAUCCAGUUGAUUUUGUGUUGCCAUCAUCUUAUUAUUUGGAUGCUGGUAAUACAAAGGAAAUCGACCCGUCAGACUUUUUACCUGACGGGUUUCUGGCACGUACUCAACAAGUUGGAUUGGUACUACCAAAUUGGGCACCACAAGUUGAAAUAUUGAGUCACGCUUCAGUGGGUUGUUUUUUAUCGCAUUGCGGGUGGAAUUCAACAUUAGAAAGUAUCCUCAACGGCGUACCGAUGAUUCCGUGGCCAUUGUUUGCUGAUCAACACUUGAAUGCCACACUUUUGUCAGAUGAUAUUAAGGUAGCUGCUAGAACCCAGAUUCCACCAGGGAAGGAAGUAAUUCGUCGUGAAGAGAUAGAGAGAAUGAUUAGACUGGUCAUGGAAGAAGGUGACGAAGAAGGGCAAAAUUUGAGGAGAAGAGCUAAAGAACUUAAAACAAGUGCGUUGAGAGCUAUAAGCAUAGGUGGGUCUUCCUAUAAUUCACUUUGUCAACUUGUAGAGAAAUGGAAUACCGAGUCGGACUCAGUUCAACUUUAA